AUGGUUUUGAACACUAUCCGGGCAACAAUUUUUCUCUUUCUCACCGGACCCGGCAUCGUGGGGAACAUCUCUGUGUUUGUGAAGUAUACGUGCGCUUUCUUUUCGGGCACUGCGACGAAAUCUGUACACCUUCUUAGCAUCCACUUGGUUUUUACAAAUACCGUGAUACUUUUGUCCAAGGUAACGCUGAAAACAAUAGCGAUGUUUGGUGUGAGAAACGUCCUGGGUGACAUGGGCUGUAAAGCGUUUGUGUUUCUGGAGAGGGUGGCCCGGGGCCUUUCGAUCUCCACCAGCAGCUUCCUGGCCGUGGUCCAGGCCACCACCAUCAGCCCCAGAGCCCCCGUGCCCGCCGGCUUCAAGCCAGCAUCCGCACGGCACAUCCUUCCCUUCUGCCUCUUCUUCUGGUCUCUGGGCUUAAAUUUCUCCUUAGAGAAUGCUUCUUUUGUAUUAAAUAUUCAAGAAUUUCGAACUCUUGGUUAUGCAAUUCUCAGCCCGUUUGUGCUGAUUCACAGAGACGGACAUACGGUGGACGUUGGCAUACUCAAUAAAUCCUGA